AUGCCCGCAGCCCUCAAGUCCAUCUGCCCCGUCUUCUCCACGCUCGACGUCGCCGCUCUUCUGGACCACUACAGGACACUCGGCUUCACGACCUCGUGCCACUCGGACCCGUCCACUCUCCCUGGCCAGGUCGAGUACGGCUUUGCCGAGCGCGACGGCAUUGUCAUUCACAUUGCGCUCAACCCCGAGCACGACCCAGCCACGACAGCAGGCUGCUGCUUUGUGCAUGUCAGCGAUGCGGACGCCCUUGCUGCCGAAUGGAGAGCCACAGCAGGACGUAAUGUCGAGCCGGUGAACACGACAUACAACAUGCGCGAGGGGGGACAUGUGGAUCCCGAUGGCAACCUGAUCCGAUACGGUUCAAGGACAACGUAG